AAAAGAAGAAAACAAUCGCACGUUGCGUUUUCUUGCACCCAAACCGGAUUGCACCAUCUCUCCGUUCUAGCUGCGUGAAUUGCUGCCAAAAAACAGUUGCCGUUGGCCGUUUCUUCAUCAGCCCGCCGGUGCCAGGACAGGUGUGAAAAAGAGCAAUCGAAAUGCCACCGAAAAAGAAGGGCAACAAAAAGAACCAGGAUUGGGAGGAUGACGAUCAGUCCGAGCAGUCGUCGAUCGUGUCCGGACCGUCAUCGUCCGGGAAGUCCGGUAAAAAGAAGGGGGGCAAAGUUGACAACGUGGAUUCCGACGAGGACGUUGGUGCGCCAGCGGGUCGGAGUGGGAAGAAGGCAACCCCGGCAGCAGCAGCAGCAGCAGCAGCAGCCCCGUGUGGUGGUAAGAAGGGCAAGAAAGGCAAGCGGGGCAACGGUGACGAUUGGAGUGAGGAUGAGGGACAGCCGAAGAAGGGUGCUGCUGCACAGGAGCAGCAGGUGAAGGAACCUGCGCCGGCCAAACAAGGUGGCAAGAAGGAAGCGAAGAAAUCGGCCGCCAAGGGAAAAGGCAAGGGCAAGAAGGAUGACGAUUGGUCGGAUAAGGAGGAGAAGGAGAUCGAUCUGCUUGCCGGUGGUUCGGAUGAUGAUGAGGACGAUGACGACGAGGAGGAAGUUGUGAUGGUGAGCAAAAAGUCGGCCAAGAAAAAGCAACCGAAAAAAGCGGCCAAAAAGGCAGUGGUGGUAGAGGAAUCGGAGGAGGAAAGUGAAGAGGAGGAAGACGAAUCGGAUCCUGAACCGGUGGUAAAGAAGGAACCACCCAAGCAAGUGGCGGAGAAGCCAAAGGAGGAACCGAAAGUGGUGAAGCAGCCGGAACCAACGCCAGUUACGCCACCGGAACCGGAAAAGAAAAAGGAAGAAAAACCGGUCAAACAGGAAAAGGUGAAAGUUCCCGAACCGGAAGUAGAGGAAGCGGAAGAUCCGGAAGUGGCUGAGAUUGCCGACAAGGUUGCGGAUGAGCUAAAGCUCGAGGAUGGUGGUGGCGAUGACGGUGAGGACGAUGGUACCGGCGAAAAGGAGAAGAAACUAACGCACAAGGAAAAGAAAAAGCUGAAAAAGCAACAAGAGUUUGAGAAGCAGCAGGAGGCCAUGCUUCGUAAAGGUGGCCAAGGACAUUCGGAUCUGGACAGUAACUUUACGAUGUCACAAGCGCUUAAAACGGGCAACCAAAGCAAGCACAUGGAGCAUGCGGUGGACAUCAAGAUCGAAAACUUUACCAUCUCGGCCAAGGGUAACGAUCUGUUCGUGAACGCGAAUUUGCUGAUCGCGAACGGUCGCCAUUACGGGCUGGUUGGACCGAACGGGCACGGCAAGACGACGCUUUUGCGCCACAUUGCUAAUCGUGCCUUUGCCAUUCCGCCCAACAUCGAUGUGCUGCUGUGCGAGCAGGAGGUCGUGGCGGACGAGACGUCCGCGGUGGAAACGGUGCUGAAGGCGGACGUGAAGCGGACGGCGCUCUUGAAGGAAUGUAAAGAGCUGGAGGAAGCUGUGGAAUCGGGAAAGAUCGAACUGCAGGAUAAGCUGCAGGAGGUUUACAACGAGCUGAAGGCUAUCGGUGCCGAUUCGGCGGAACCACGCGCUCGACGCAUUCUGGCCGGUUUAGGAUUUUCGCGCGAGAUGCAGAAUCGGCCUACGAACGCCUUUUCCGGCGGGUGGCGUAUGCGUGUUUCCCUCGCGCGGGCGCUCUUUAUCGAACCGACGCUGCUGCUGCUCGACGAACCGACGAACCAUCUCGAUCUGAACGCCGUCAUCUGGCUGGACAAUUAUCUGCAGGGAUGGAAGAAGACGCUACUCAUCGUAUCUCACGACCAGUCCUUCCUCGACAACGUCUGCAACGAGAUCAUCCAUCUGGACAACAAGAAGCUUUACUACUACAAGGGCAACUAUACGAUGUUUAAGAAAAUGUACGUCCAAAAGCGGAAGGAAAUGAUCAAGGAGUACGAGAAGCAGGAACGACGGAUAAAGGACAUGAAGGCGCACGGACAGUCGAAGAAGGCGGCCGAGAAGAAGCAGAAGGAAAAUCUGACCCGCAAGCAGGAAAAGGGCCGCACGAAGAACCAGAAGCCGGGUGAGGAUGAUGAGGGACCGGUCGAGUUGCUGUCGAAGCCGAAGGAGUACAUUGUGAAGUUUAGCUUUCCUGAUCCGCCACCGUUGCAGCCUCCGAUUCUUGGAUUGCACAAUUGCCAUUUCAACUUCCCGAACCAGAAGCCACUGUUUGUUGGGGCGGAUUUCGGUAUCGAUCUGAGCAGCCGCGUAGCCAUUGUCGGUCCGAACGGUGUGGGCAAAUCUACCUUCUUGAAGCUGCUUGUUGGUGAGCUGGACCCGGUUAAGGGUGAGGCAAAGCGCAACCAUCGGCUUCGCAUCGGCCGGUUCGAUCAGCAUUCGGGCGAGCAUCUGACGGCGGAAGAGACACCGUCCGAGUAUCUGCAGCGUUUGUUCAAUCUCCCGUACGAAAAGGCCCGCAAGCAGCUCGGAACGUUCGGGCUCGCGAGCCAUGCGCACACGAUCAAGAUGAAGGAUCUGUCCGGUGGACAGAAGGCGCGUGUGGCGCUGGCCGAGCUGUGCCUCAAUGCACCCGACGUGCUGAUUCUCGAUGAACCGACCAACAACCUGGACAUUGAAUCGAUCGAUGCGCUGGCGGAUGCGAUCAACGAGUACAAGGGCGGUGUGAUCAUUGUGUCGCACGACGAGCGGUUAAUCCGCGAGACGGAGUGUACGCUGUUCGUGAUCGAGGAGCAGACCAUUAACGAGGUGGACGGAGACUUUGACGACUACCGGAAGGAGGUGCUGGACAGCUUGGGCGAGGUCAUUAACAAUCCUAGUAUAUCGGCAAAUGCGGCCGUGCUGCAGUGAGAGCACGCAUUUUUUGUUCGGUUGUCCGCUGGUUAUUUUAUUGCUAUUAAAACUUACAUACAGUCAUUAUUUUUCCGGCAA